AUGGAGCUGGCAAUUGGAUUUCGAUUUUACCCUACAGAAGAAGAGUUGAUCUCCUUUUAUCUGCAUAACAAGCUACAAGGGAAGAGAGAUGAUCUGAUCCAGGCUAUUGAUCGUGUUAUACCUGUUCUUGAUAUAUAUGACUUCAAUCCAUGGGAUCUCCCACGAGAAUUGUGCAAGACAGACACUGAACAAUGGUUUUUCUUCGUUCCGAGACAAGAAAGAGAAGCAAAUGGAGGGAAAACAAAGCGGCUCACUCCUCAUGGAUACUGGAAAUCAACAGGUUCUGCUGAUUAUGUUUACUCUUCCAACAACAGUUGCAUUGGUGGCAUAAGAACAAUGUCUUUUUAUAAGGGAAGGGUUCCCAAUGGAAGAAAGACCCAGUGGAAAAUGAAUGAAUACAAAGCCAUUGAAGGAGAAGUAUUCUGUUCGUCAAAUGGUGCACAUCCAAGGUUAAGGAAGGAAUUCAGUCUUUGUCGUAUAUACAAGAAAUCAGCAAAACGCCUGCGGGCAUUUGGUAGAAGGCCAUCUGCGGAGAGAGACGAGUCAGGGGCUCGACAAGUUCACAGCGAAGAGGCAAACGCAAUAGCAAUCCAGGAAAGCCCUCCAACGGUGGAUAUAAGAAGUUCACCUAAGAGUUCAUCGUUCUCAAGAGACAAUGAUGGCUAUCUUUCUCAACCUGCUGGUGAUCACAGUAACUUGGCAAUGGCUAUAUCUAACGAGCCACUUUGGGAUUGGGAUCAUUUAUAUCAGUGCUAUUAUGAUGGAGAGGAUGUGCAUCUCCUGAAAUAG